GCCGAAGCUGUCUGUGAUUGGCGGAGGGGCGCGUUGCUCGUGCAAGUUUGAGGAGGCACUUCACAAGUUCGCAAGUUGGAUGAGGAGACCCAGAAGUGUCCGCUGUAUCUGAGACUGCGGGCCUUGAAAUAACCACGGAGUCGGACACAGUCUCUCGGGCGGGGGUCAUGUCCGGCGGCAGCGCUAACAACAGCUGGACCAUCGUCACUCCUGAGGAGACUGUUGCAGAAACCCUGCGGCCUUUAGCAGAGGGGACAGAGAAUCAUGGAGGAAGCCUCACAUCUGCCGCAGUUUGUGGGGAGAAGCGGCCUGCCGACUGUGCACAGUCUGCAGAGGGGCUCCCUGUGGAGGGCCACCUGUUAUCAGAAGAAGAAAAACCUUCAGCGCUAAGCGGAGACACGAGCGCAGAGCAACACCGUCCCGCCGCCGACAGCGACGCGUCCGUUCCCCGCUGCGACGAGCUCAGCCAGUCAGCGGGCCAGCCUGGGCCCGCGGCGUCGACGGGCCCCGACACGGAUUCAUUUUCUGACACCUACGCCCACAUAGCCCCCUCCCCCGAUGAGCCCUCGGCCUCGCUGCCGAGCACAGAGACUCUGGGAGGGGUCGAGUUGACGCAGGAAGAAGAGCGUCUCGCAGAGGAAGGAACGCGGCGUCAGCUGGACAGGGAGGAGCUACAACAGGAAGGGGAGGAGUCAGACCUGUCUCCUAAACCAGCUGACUUAUGGAAACAGGCAGUGUACUUGGUGGACCAGCUAGUUAUGGAAUGGUUCUGUAUCUGGGCCAGGAAGUUGUCUGGAGAGGCUGUGGUUGAGGAAGGUGAUGGGAGAUCCGAGAAGACGGGAGAAGAGGCGGAGCCAGAGCCGAGGAGGAGGUCUGUCCUAGCUGCUCUGGAGCGGAUCGGAAGGUCAGAAGAGGAGGAGGAGGAAGUAGAGGAAGAGUUCCGGCCUCCCCAACGGGAGGACGACGACGACAGCGGGUUCUCUGUGAACAAAUGCAUUCUGGCUGUUGUCAUUCUGUUAGGCCUGGGCACCAUCUUUUUCUCAGGUGUCUUCAUGAACCUGGAUGAGGAGAGUGAUUAUGGUACUAUGGAGCAGAAAGAUGCAGAAGAACCAAGAAAACGGGAGUGGCUUAAUCCUGAGGUUCCUCCGCCCCCAGUAGAUGCUGACAGUUCAGAGCUUCUAAAUAACUUGGCCAAAGGGAGCCAGCAGAUUUCUUUGCUGCAGGCGCAACUUCAGGAACAGAAAGAGGAGCUAAAAGUAGCGAAGCUGCAGGCUGAGGAGGGGGUGAAGGAGCGACUGCAGUGGGAGGAGAUGGAGAAGGAAAACAGUAGGUUGAAGAAAGAGAUGGCAUCUCUCCCUGUCCUUCAGAAAGAGAACGAGAGGAUGAAGAGGGAGCUGGAGAGUGCCCCGGCCCUACAGAAAGAACUAGAAUCACUGAGAUCCACUGUGACUGAAUUGAAACUCGCUUCAGCAGCCAGUGAAGCAGCUGUGAAGUCUGUCACGUCGCCCCCCAGUGGUCAGCCAGGGAACGGCACCCAGGCCUCAGCCGUAUCUAAAGAGAGACAGCCUAAGAAGCAAUGGGAUGAUGAGAAGAGGAAAGAUGUAAAGAAGGAUCACAUAAGCCAGAAGAAGAAGGAGGUGAAAGAGGGAGAGGUGUUUGAAUGGAAGGAAGGAAAGAAAAGGGAACGCAAAGGUGAAGAUAAAACAGAAUGGCAACAGGGCAAUGCGCAAGGAAAGUUUGACAAGGAGACAGAUAAGGGAGGUAAGCAAAAGCAUCACAGUGGUGAGACAAAACAAUGGAAGGACAAAGAGGGGAAGAAAGAAAAGACAGGCAGAGAGGAUGAGGGAAAGUCGUGGAAGUAUAAGGAAGGGAAGAAAGAGUGGAUAGAAAAGAGUGAGAGAAAAGAAAAGGAGGCUAAAGAUUGGAAAAAGACAAGUCAUGAGAACAAGAAAGAGGCUAAACAAUGGAGAGGUAAGGAGGAAAAGAAAGAUUGGAAGGGAGGAAAAGACCAUGCAGGGAAGCACAAGGAGGAAUGGAAGAAGGGGAAGGAUGUAUUUGAAGCAAGUUUGAAAAAAGACUGGAAAGAAAAAGAUGAGAAGAAAGAGUGGAAGAAAAAAGAUGGUGACUGGAAGAGUAAAAACGUCAAAGGUGGUGGUAAAGAAGGGAAGGGAAAGGAUGACAAGAAGCCGUGGGAGGAGAGCAAGAAUCAUGGCAAGGAGAGGAAGGGCUGGCAUGAGAAUGAACAGAAGGAUAAAAAUGGGAAAGAUGAGCGAAAACGGGGUGAAAAGACCGAAGAAUCGCGGAAGGGAGGAGCAGCAGGAGGAGGAGGGGGGGAUCGGCACAGGGACGGAUCACGCUCCCACGGCCACAAAGAAGCGCACCGGUGGGGCGGCGGCGGCGGCGGCGAGCAUCCUCACACGCACAGCCGACCGUCCCCGGGGCAGCCCGAGUACUGGCUCCAGCAGAGACUCCGCCUGCAGCGCCGCCCCGAGCCGCCGCGGCAGUGCGGCUCGUCGGAGACGUGCGCCCGCGCCGAGGGGCUGCUCCCCGUCACCUUCCCAGAGUUCCGGGCCCUCCUCCAAACUUACCUCGCCAAGGCGGAGGAGGCGGGAGCGGACGGCUACGAGAGGGGGGAGCUCGACAAGCUGGCCUCCGAGUUCUUCUGGGACGGAGUCUUUGCUCACGACCAGACGAGCUUUCGGGAGUUCGUCGAAGACCUGGGAGAUAUUCUGGAGGACCUGGUGGAGGGAGAUGAUGACGAAGACAACGAAGACGCGGUAGGAGGAGAGGAUAGUGACGCGGAGGAAGAAAUGGAGGAGUUCGAAAGGGAAGCGAUGGAAAGGUUUUCGGCGCCGCGGGCCGUGGAGGAGGUGGGGGGGUCCAAAGGGGAGUGGAGGAAGCAGAGUGGACCAGGACGUGGCUGAAGUGAUGGCUGAAAGGAAUGGCUGACCUAUGAAAGGCCAUUUAUUUCACAUCAAUUACUCUCCUCGCUUUACUUUGCCUUUUUGAAGGAAACAUUCUUUUUUUUUUCAAUCGAGGAAAGUCAGGAUGUUGUGGAAAAUAUCGAAAACUGAGCUUUCUUCAGGGAGUCAAGGUAACCGCGUUGUGAGUAAUUGAUAAACAAAUGGCCGUUUUGUGGGUGAAGUAGGAAAGCCGCCAUGACGGAUGAGGGGUUCUUCAAAGGGAACAUUUUACAUUGGACCACCAACGCUUACAAGCCUACAUUCAUCAUCCUGUCGCCCUUUUUUACAGGAUCUCAUUUGGCCCCUUUCACAGGGCCAAGAAGUUCAACUUAAAGCGUUUGGGUUCGUUCUGUAUUUUACUCAUGCACACAAAGUAGAAGUUACUAAAGAUUGUGCUUUUCAUUUAAAUAACGUUCUGAGAUGAACUCAAGACGGGAGGAGAUAAGAGGCUACAGCUAUUACUGACGCAUAAUGCAUGCAUUAAACCGCCCUCGCCUGCUGGUUCUUGUGCUUAAUCCAUUAAAAAAAAAAAAACACAUCUGUACAAUUUAGCAACUGAGCACCAUCAGCUAAACUUUUGGGGUGCAGGAAUAGAUGCUGUAUAGUCUUAUAAAAACCCACCUGGGCCUCUGCGAGCUGCUCUGAUGACGUCUGUCCACUGGUACCUACAGUCGGCCAUCUUUAUGUACGGAGCGCUUGGCCUGUAACGCCCUACGUCUGUAGAAAGGGUUACGUGAACUGCUGAAUAUUUUGUGUUUUUUAGAAUAGUCUGCAUAGGUUUUUUUUGUUUUGAAUGUACAUAAUGCAUCAAAUGUUUUGAAAACUGCAGAAAUAUAUAAUUAACUUAUUUUACAUGGGUGGCAAUUAAGUAAAUACACACGAUUGGUUGUCACGUAAGAUAUUGACAUGUUGAGCAUGUUUCUUUUCAGGUACUGAACCCCCAUGCACUGAGCAUUUUCUUCUAUUUAAUUAGAGUUUCAUCAUAAAUUUGACAUUUGUCUUAAAUGGUCUGGUCACGGCAAAAAAUCCUGUUUUUCUUGGCGUCUGUUUACACGAUAAUUUAUUAACUCCAGGGCCUUCAGCCUCACAGAAAGUCUUCUGCUGUUGCUUUGUGGCUGCGUAGAGAACUAUUCUUUCUUUUUAGGACGUUAAUGCUCUCUGUGACUGUCCCAAGAGCACAAUAAUAAAGAACUCUGAUAUGA